CUCUUUCUCAUCUCUAGUUCUCUACUAGUCUUUCUUCUUCCGGCUUUAUAUAAACAACUCUCUCUCAUUUCUUUCCAUCGUCUCUGGUCCUUUGUUUUAUAACCCCCGCUCCGCUCCUCAAAUCUCUGUCUCCAUCUCUCUUCGUUUUCCCCCGCUAAGUGUUUAAUCCUCUCUCUUCUCUCAUUUUCUUCUGUCUAUCUGCAACCCCACUACCACCAAAGGUUAAAGCUGAUGAACCCAUAAACACCCUUCACCUUUCCCUUUUACAGUCUCUUUUCCAUAACCAAACCCAGAAGAGAAAAACCCAUUUCUCAUCUCAUCUCUCCUUUCGUUUUUCCCCUUUUGUUUUUGUGUGUGUUUAAUUAGGGGUUUUCCCUCAUGUGGCAAUCGUGGGGGAAAUCACCGGGUGGAGGAAGGGUACAACAUUCAGCAUCGAGAAGAAAUUUUUCAUGUUCGUCGUUUAAAGAUAUUGAGAAUCUAUGUAAAAAUACAGAAGCAACAGAUCAACAGCACUACCAACAACAAAAUCCUCAUCAAUUAAAAACCAAAUCAGCAUCUGUAUUUCACAGAGUUCGUAAAGUUACAUCAAUCUUACGUUCAUGGUCGACACCGUUACAACAUCAGGAUAUCAUCUGUUUACCAGAUUCAGAACAAAAGAUUGUAAUCUAUUUCACAAGUCUUCGUGUAGUUAGAAAAACAUUUGAAGAUUGUAGAAGCGUUAGAUUGAUUUUUAAAGGUCUUAGAGUAUCAAUCGAUGAAAGAGAUCUAUCCAUGGAUGGUACAUUUUUAGAAGAAUUAAAGGGUAUUUUUGGUAAGAAAUUAACAUUGCCUAGGGUUUUCAUCGGUGGGAGAUAUAUUGGUGGAGCUGAAGAGAUUAAACAACUACAUGAGAAUGGUGAAUUGAAGAAGAUUAUUGAAGGGUAUCCAGUUCUUGAAUCUGGGGUUUGUGAGUGUUGCGGUGGUUAUAGAUUUCUUCUUUGUAAUCAAUGUGAUGGUAGUCAUAAAUGUUAUACAGAGAACAAAGGAGGUGGUGGGUUUCGCAGCUGUUCAUCUUGCAAUGAGAACGGUCUCAUCAAAUGCUCUUACUGUUCUUCGGUAUCUCUGUGAUACACUGAAUCAAAACUUUAAGGAUUAUCAAACUAGGGGUAAUAUUGUCAUUUUAUCUUUCCUCUUUUUUCAUUAAAUUCUAACAUUUAUGUAUGAGAUGAGAGGGAGUUUAACUUGAUCUUUUGAUUUUUUUUUUAGGAUUUUCAUAAUAUGUAUCCAGUUCUAUUUCUUCUUGGUUUAUGAAUUUGAAUAUGGAUUGUCUGGU